AAUCAUUUGGAUAAAGAGGCAUGCGCUUAAGAGACAUUUUGAGUUCGAGACUUCAUUGCCGCCAGUCUAGAUCAUGACUCUGCAGCAUCAACAAUGCAGGGCGUACCAAAAAGUCAGUUAGAGCAAUAUGCAACGUUGCAACAGAAAAAACAAGAAUGUCUUGCCAUCAACACAACAUAUUCAGGAGGAAAAGAAUUUUGUCCACUUAUCUGGGACGAAAUAUUAUGCUGGACGGAGGCUCCUGCAAACACGACUGUUACACAGCCUUGCCCAGAAUAUUUCCACGGAUUCAGCAGCGAGAGGAAUGCAACUAAGUUCUGCACCGCCAACGGGACGUGGUUUUACGAUGAGAACAUGGAAACGUUUUGGACCGAUUACUCAGCCUGCGUUCCCCAACCUUAUAUACCUUAUGAUGACUACCAGUCAUCUCUUACUUAUGGACAUUUUCCCAUCAUAGAGGCGAUAUCACAGACAGGAUAUGGAAUAUCGCUGAUAACACUCAUUGUUGCAUUCAUUAUUUUGGCCAGUUUUAAGAAAUUGAGAUGCUCCAGGAACUUGCUGCACAUGCACUUAUUCGUUUCGUUUAUGCUUCGAGCUGGGACUAGCCUAUUAAAAAAUAAUUGGCUCUUCAAAGGAGACGGGCUGAACUCGCUUUUCGAAAUUGGAGAAAGCGAUGCGAUUUUCGGAGGCUCGAAGGAAACCUGGGCCUGCAAGUUUCUCAUUAGCCUGUGGCAGUUCUCUCUCCUUGCUAAUUACCUCUGGAUUUUCAUGGAAGGACUGUAUCUGCACAACCUAAUAUUCCUAUCCUUAUUUUCCGACACCAGUUCAAUUAAGAUGUACGUCAUCAUCGGUUGGAGUCUGCCUUUGUUCUUUAUAACUCCAUGGGUUAUACUUAAACUAUUGUACGAAGACAGACAUUGCUGGGCUGUAAACUAUAAUAAAUAUUACUUACUCUUCAUCACCAUUCCCAUGGCAAUAUCGACUUUUGUUAAUUUUGGUAUGUUCCUGAAUAUUAUUAGAGUUCUACUACUGAAGCUGACGGCGUCGAUUUCGGAAGAUAGCCGCCGCUACAGAAAAUGGGCUAAAUCCACGUUAGUUUUAAUCCCCCUGUUUGGAGUACACUAUGCUUUGUUUUCUGGCAUGUCGUUCAGCAUUGGAAAAAACGAAUUGAUUGAAGUUAUUUGGCUCUACUGCGAUCAACUCUUUGCCAGUUUCCAAGGAUUUUUCGUCGCGGUGUUGUACUGUUUCAUGAAUAACGAAGUAAGGACAGAAAUUAAGAAAAAAUUCGGCAACGCCCGGCCAGAUUUUUACAGUGACACGGAGAGGCCGUCCAGAGGAAAGUUUAACAACCAGACGAAUAAUUCUGCAAAAAAAGGAAGCGGUACACUGGACAGUUGCAUGAUAAGUUUCAUGUCGAAAGCUAAUGAUUUCACUCUAAAAGAUUCCGCCCUUCCAAGACCAUUGCAUGGAGUAAAUGUUAACGACACACAACAUUCAUUACUUGAAACAUCCCUAAAUUUAGAAAAAUCAAUUGAACACUAAUGCUUUCGAUCUGCAAGAUGAAUUAUAAAAUUAUCAUCUUAUAAAACUUGUGAGGGGGUUGCGAUAAUGAAAAAUUUAUAUUAUUAUGCCUAUUGUUUUAAAGAAAAACAAAAAUUCUAACUUUUUAACAUUCUAGUCUAUUUUUGAGACGCUUAAAGAAGAAAAAACUAUUCAAUAUAAUUAUAAAUGUUGUUAUAUUUUAAUUUUUUAUUUUUAGUAUUUUUGUUAUUAUGUAAAAGAUAUUUAAGUGUUGAAAAAAAAACUAUUCUCAGGGUUUUUUUGUUUUUUUAACAACCAAACUGCAAUUUGAAAUUGUGCUUCAACUUGGAUGACGAAUAUGAAAUCUCCCUUUUAAGCAUUGAUAAUAAAAUAAGAUUUGUAACCGGCAACAAAAGACAUUCAUAAAAAUCCUAUAUUAUAUAACGUAGAUAUUUUAAUUAAGCAUUGCAAGUAUUAUUAGCAAAUGUAAUUGUUGAAAUGUAGUUAGGCUAAAACUUCCAAUGCUAAAUAAUAAUUAAUCACAGGUUGCUUCCAACGUCAAUAAAUAUUCAUACUGCUGUUCAUGUUGAAAACAAAUUGUCUUCAUAUUCCAAAACACAGGUUUUGUUUAUUUAUGACAAAGGCCCAAACAGUCUAAAGAUAAAGGGGAGGAAACAAGAAACAACUGAAAGCAGUUACCUCAUUGGAAAAUUUCAUUAGAACGGGAACGUCGGUCGUCAGUAAACAGGAAGAAGACUUAAGACUGAUUUUAAUAAACCCAUGCCAUUUAUGAGCAUAAAACAAAUACUUAAAACAAAAAAUAAACCUAUUAUAUUGAUCAAUCCAAA